GCAGGGUGUCGUUCGAUUCUUUGCGAGCCGUGGUGCCCGACACCCGUGCAUCUGCGUAAACGAAUGACGAAUAAUCGGAAUGCACGAUUAGAUUAUCGGACUGAAUCGCGGCGAAUCUGUGACAUAAGUUAGUGAAGAACGUUUGUAUUACUUGAUAGUAUACUUGCGAGGACGAACGUGAGGAGACUGAAGAAUAAUGUAAUUCGGACAAAUCGACUGCUGAUUAGAUCUCGAAAUGAAGAAGAGAAGAAGCAUGUAAUCGCGUCUGGAUUAAUCACAGCGGUGUAAAUAUGAAGACCGAGAUGGAAACGGAGUCCGAAUGCGCGGAUGGCGUACUAUGUGCGAACAACAAUAACAAUAAUAAUACCAGCAAUAACAACAACGUCGCGGUCAUGAAAAAGGGAGACAAUGAUAACGGAUACGAUUCUAUCGAGAUGGAUUGCGGCGGCUGCGGAGAGAGCGUACGCGAGCGCACCGUCCUGUGCGUAGGAGGCCGUACGUGGCACUCCAGAUGCCUAAAGUGUUGCGCCUGUGCCAGGCCCCUGCACGAUCAGCACUCGUGCUUCCUGCGCGGCAUGCGGCUGUACUGCAGGCACGAUUACGCCUUAACUUUCGGCGCGAAAUGCGCCAAGUGCGGGCGUAGCAUGGGCGCCGGGGAUUGGGUGAGAAGGGCCAAAGACAGGGUCUAUCAUUUGGCCUGCUUCGCGUGCGACGCCUGCUCCCGUCAAUUGUCCACGGGCGAGCAGUUCGCGCUUCUGGACGCCCGACUGCUCUGCAAGGCGCAUUAUCUCGACGUGGUCGAGGGUAACAACACGUCCUCGUCGGAGGACUGCGACUCCGAGCACGGCGGUAAGGGCAGCAAGACGAAGCGCGUGAGGACGACCUUUACCGAGGAGCAACUCGCGGUCCUCCAGGCUAACUUUCAGCUGGACAGCAAUCCCGACGGUCAGGAUCUCGAAAGAAUAGCUCAGGUGACCGGUCUCAGCAAGAGGGUCACGCAGGUCUGGUUUCAAAACUCCCGAGCGAGGCAGAAGAAGCACAGCGGCAAGAUUAAGACUCAAAUGCAUCAUUCGCCACCGAUGCAACAUCAUCCCGUCGAUCUAUAUCCCGGUGGGGUGAACGUUGUGGGCGCUUAUCUCGGCGGUUAUCAGGCGAGCAAUGGUAGCGAGAGUCCUGGUAGUCCGUUGACGCCACUCACACCGUUAACGCCGCUCACACCGACGACGCCGAACCACUUGCAGGCCCAAUUCUGCCAUCAAGCGGGAUGAUUUGACGCGCAAACGUUUUCUUUUACGCGUCAAAUUAAUAAUUACGUACGAAAAAGUACUUGAGAAUACAAUUAUUCUCUGACGUAUCUUGUAUAUACCGAGGCAAUGUAAAAUAAAUGCGUUUGUCGAUAAUAUUAUAUAAUAUAUAACGUAUAAAAACAAUGGUACAAUUUCCUAUUUAAAAUUUACAUUAGAUUUAUUUAUUCCACAAACUUGUAACAAUUUAUAUGUAUUUGCGACACAAUGGAUUAAAUUUCUUAAAAGAGAGAAAACAAUCCGGGAUGAUGCUAUUGCGUCGUUUUGAAUUUUCCACAUGAGUACUCUUAAAUCUACAUGUAUAACGCGCGAGGUUGUAUAUAAAAAUGAAUUGUAGCUUUUGUACAUAAAUUUCCUGUAGGAAAGAAUAUGGAAAUAUUAAGAGAGAAAUGUGGCUGAAAAUUUGAUAUCGCACAUUCGUCGCUGCAAUAUUAUAAAUCAUACUGUUAUUAAUAAA